AUGCAUCGCAAUGAAACUUCAUCUACAUGUUUAGCAACGAUUUCCAACACAAUUCCUGAUGAGAAUAUGUCAGAGUUCUCUCCUCGUUCAUAUCAAACAGAAAUUAUGGAACAAGCUAAAUCAGAAAAUUUAAUCGUUUGUCUACCAACUGGUAGUGGAAAAACAUAUAUUGCUAUUAUGCUUAUUAAAGAAUUGUCACCUAUUAUUCGACGAAAACAAGAAGAUGGCUGGAAAAGAACUAUUCUUCUUGUUAAAACUAAUGAACUUGCUCGACAACAUUACAAAACUUUAAGUGAUCAUUUAGAUUUGAAAAUUCAAAUGUAUUGUGGAUCAUCAAAUAUCAGUCUAAGCGAUACCAAUCGAUGGUCUACAGAAUUUGAAACUUAUCAAAUAUUAAUCUUUACUGUACAAAUAUUUCUUAAUUUACUUGAUUAUAACUUCUUUUCAUUAGAUAAAGUUAAUUUAUUAAUAUUUGAUGAAUGUCAUCAUGCAACAGGUGAUGAUCCUUAUGCUUUAAUAAUGAAAACACAUUAUAAUCGAUGUUCACAUUAUCCACGUAUACUCGGUUUAACUGCAUCAAUUAGUGGACAAAAAAUUGAACCGAGAAAUUUACAAAAAGCUGCAAAAGAACUGGGAAAAGUUUACCGAGCUCGUAUUGAGACUGGUUCGAAUCGAAUAGAAAUAAAUGAAAAUAGUACAUCAGUUAAAGUUGAACAUCAACGUUGUACAAAUUAUAAGCAAAAUAUUUGUCAAAAGAAAGAGCAAGUCAAGAAAAUUUUUCAAGAAAUCGAAUUAAUUUUUGAUGAAGUUAGCAAAUAUAUCAAGACAAACAAAUCUCCAACUAUAUUUGAAAAUGAUCUUUUACAAAGAAAUGAUCCAUCGAAUUUUAUUCAAUUACAAUGUCGAACUUUAGAUCAACUUAAAUGUCAUCUGCAUAAUAUAAUACAUAUUGGUUAUGAUCUUGGUUUAUAUGGACUUCGUUUAGGAAUAAUAUCAUUAAGAAAGUAUCUAGAAACAAAAAAUGCAUUCAUAAAAAUAACUGAUAAAGAAGCAAAAGAUUUAUAUGAAAAGAUCAUAAAUAGUCUUGAUUCUCUAAUCAAUAAUAAACUCGGAAAUCUACCUGAAGAUCGGAAAAUUCUUUAUAGUGAUAAAGUAAUUAAAUUAGAAGAACGUAUAAAACAAAAUCAUCGUGGCCAAUGUAUUGUUUUUGUUGAAAGAGUAUAUACGGCUGCUUUCUUAUGUCAAGUCUUAGGAGAAAUUUUAGGCGAUUCUAUUAAAAUUAAAUAUCUUGCUGGUUCAAAAGCUUAUAUUGAUGAAAUAAGUAUUUCAAAUAAAUAUCAACGUGAUGUAGUAGAAGAAUUUCGUCACAAAAAUAUUAAAGUUUUAAUAUCUACAGCAAUCAUUGAAGAAGGUUUCGAUAUUCCAGGAUGUAAUCUUGUUAUUCGUUUUAAUAAACCAAACAAUUUUUCAUCAUAUAUGCAAUCAAAAGGACGUGCAAGAGCGCGAAACGAAAAUGCAUUAUUUGUUCUUUUCAGAGAUGAAUCUACUGUUGAAGAAUUUUCAUUGAAUAGAGAAGAAUAUCAAAAUUAUGAAUAUAUGGAAAAAAUGUUGAAACAAAAUUUUCAAGCUGAUGAUGAUAGUGAUAAUACUUCUCAAGAUGAUUUAAAUGCAUUAAAACCUUAUCGAACUGAAACUGGAGUAAAAAUUCAUGGUAUACGCUCAAUACAAAUCAUUAAUCAAUAUUGUGCUGUACUUGGUAAUAGUCAAAUUUUAUCACCACGAUUUUGUUUUCAUAAAAAUGAAAAUAAUAGUUUUAAAUGUAUUUUAUCAAUGCCUGCAAAUUGUCCUAUACGAGAAGAUAUUAUUUGCAACAAUAGUAAUAAAAGAUUAGCUAAACAAGAAUGUUGUUUAAAAAUGGUUGAAAUGCUUCAUAAGAAAGGUGAACUUGAUCAAAAUUGUCUACCAAUUCGUCCUGAUCAAUGCUUAACAACGGAUGACGAUGAUGAUGGUGAUACUAAACAAGUACCGUUUGAAAUUAUUGAAAAGCAGAGUUCCUAUUUCUUUCAUGAUUACAAUAAUUUGCCUACUUGUUGGCAUUUAUAUAGAAUCAAUAUUUCGGAUGAUGAUGAUCUCGGUUUUAUUGUACCUAAGAAACUAAUUAAGUUGCCCAUGUUUAAUUUAUAUGGACGUACUGGUGUAUCAACUGUAAAAGUUGCAUACUUGAAAUCGAUCAAUAUAGAGAAAUAUAAAAAUGAACUAGAAGAAUUUUGUCGAUAUAUUUUUGAAGAAGUCUUUGAUGAUAUGAAUACAGGAUUGGAAUCAAUACUGAAAUUCGAUAUUGAACAUUCUACUUUUAAACUAUUUCCAUGUCUUUUGAAAAUAGAAUCCAAUGAUAUUGAUUAUCAACGAAUGGCGACAAUAUGUAACAGAAAAAAUAAGUCUAUUCUAAAUCCAUCUGAAUUAAAUGAUAAUGAACUUUAUUAUCCUUGGCAUUCGUCAAAAAAACAACUUUAUACAAAUAUUUCUGAUGUUUCGCUUUUGAAACGAGUAACAGAUAAAUGGGAACAUAAAAAACCAUUAGAUACAAUUAAAAAUUAUGCAGAUUAUUUCGAGUACAAAGUACCAAAUAUUUACAUUCAACGGGAUCGUCUAAUGGCUACAAUGAGAACUUUCCGAAAACCAAAAAUCAAUUAUUUAAAAGAUUCUCCAUCAAAAAAAGAGAAAGAAUCGAACAGUUCAAUAAUUAUACAAAAUAAUUAUUAUCCAAUCGAAGUUCUUUUUUAUGGUCCACUCAAUCAAGCAGAUUUUGAAUUAAUUAUUAAAUUACCAAGUAUUCUUGUUCGUAUUUCACAAUUGUAUUACAUAGAACAGUUGAGAAAAUUAUUAGCUGAUAAUAUUCAAUCUUAUUCACUGUUCGAUGUUGAAUCUAUGCCUAUUGUCACUUUUGACGAUUGUCUUACUAAUAUGCUAUCAUCAAUUCCAUCAACUGGACUACCACUAGUUUCUCUUAAUUAUAAUUUUUCAUUAGACAAUAAUAAUGAACUUCAACCAUCAUCUAAUUUAAUUUUUCAAUCAAUUACUCGACGUUCAGCAAAUGAAAAUACUGAUAUGGAAAAUUUAGAAAUACUUGGUGAUUGUUUUCUUAAAUUAGCAAUGUCUAUGUCAUUCUAUCAUCAAUAUCCAUUUGAUAAUGCGGGUAAAUUAACAUCAAGAAAAGAUAAACAAGUAUCAAAUGCAAACCUUUAUCGAUUAGCUAAGAAAAAAGGAUUAAUAAAUUAUUUAUAUGUUGAUAAAUUAAUUUAUCAAGGUGAAGAAGCUAAUUGGAUACCACCUGGUUAUAAAAUUGAUGAAGAAAUCUCAAAAAAAUAUACCGAACAAAAAGCUAAACCAAAAGCAUUUGCUGAUAUGAUAGAAGCAUUAAUUGGUGCAUUUUUAAUUUCGACGAAUUAUAUAACAACUAUGAAAUUUAUGAAAUGGCUAGGUCUUGAUGUGAUUCCAAUUGAUGAGCAAAAUCAAGUUAUAAAACCACCAUCAAUUCUACGUGCCGAUCUAUCUGAUACAAUGAAUGAUGUUAUUAGUAAAAUUGAAGAAUUUUUCAACAAUUUCACAUUUGCUGAUAUUGAAAACAAGAUCCAUUAUGUUUUUAAAAAUAAAGCAUAUCUAAUUGCAGCAUUUACUCAUCCAUCAUAUUAUAAUAAUCGUCUUACUCAAUGCUACGAAAGGUUAGAAUAUUUAGGAGAUGCUGUAUUAGACUUUCUUGUUAUACGAUGUAUAUUUGUUGAGUAUUAUAAAGAAGUUACACCAAGUCGAGUAACAGAUAUUCGACAAGAUUUAUCAAAUAAUGGUCGUUUAGCAUAUUUGCUUGUUUCUUGUGAUCUUCACAGAAAAAUUCUCCAUGAAUCACCAUAUCUUUUUGAUGAAAUAACAAUUUAUCUUGAAAAUUCAAUUCUUUUUACAAAAGAUCAAUCAAUGAAUGACAAAUUGAACAAAGAUAUUGAUAAAUGGGCUGAUUCAACAGCACCAAAAGCUCUUGCUGAUGUAUUUGAAGCUUUAAUCGGAGCAAUAUUUCUUGAUUCUGGAUAUUGUUUAGACACAGUUUGGAAGAUUAUUGAACCUUUACUUCGACAAUAUAUUAAUCGAUCUAUUAUUGAUCCAAAUUUAAAUCCAAGACGAUCAUUUAUAAAUACAGGUGGUAAAAUCCUCGUAGACUUUGUCGAUGAAACUGAAGCUGUUUGUCUUGUUCAAAUGCCAGAUGGCUCACUGUAUGAAGGAUAUGAAAAAAGCAAGAAGCAUGCUAAAUAUAAUGCCUGUCAACAAGCAAUGAAUUAUAGAAUUUAA